CAGUGCAGCGGGGGCUGUGCACAUCCACGCAGGCAUGGCUUCUCUGCACGGGCAAAACACAGGAAGACGGAAGGAUGUGACUCCUCAUCUGGUGGAGGUGUGAGUCUGGGUGCCUUUCCAAUCACAAUAAUAUCUCCCUCCGUUUUGCUCGGGGAGAAGGACAUCUGUGUUGUGUUGGUUUUUUUUGUCACUUUCAUUGUGGAUCCUAGUCUCUCACCUCAUAUAUCUAUAUGAAACCUUGGGACUCAUGAGAGGCACAGGGGAAGCAUUGGCGAGCUGGAGAUAGAAUGGCUCACUACAAACAUGUUUCAGCCAGGAAGACUUCUCUAAACCUUGUCACUGGAUUUUUCCAAUAUCUGCGAGACGAGCAGGAGGUGGUGCAAAAACGGACUUUCACAAAAUGGAUUAACUCUCAUUUAGCAAAGCACAAACCACCCCUUGAGGUGAAUGACCUUUUUGAGGACAUCAAAGAUGGGGUGAAGCUCUUGGCUCUGCUGGAAGUCCUCUCUGGUCAGCGACUUCCCGCUGAGCAAGGGCGCCAGCUCAAGAGGAUCCACUGGGUCUCCAACAUUGGCUCUGCCCUCAAGUUCUUGGAAGGCAGGAAGUCUGUGUAUCGAGGAUCUCCGAUCAAACUUGUCAAUAUUCAUGCCACUGACAUCGCUGAUGGACGACCGUCAAUAGUCCUUGGUUUGAUAUGGACCAUUAUCCUCUACUUUCAGAUCGAAGAGUUAACCAGCAACCUUCCAGCCCUCCACACUCUGUCCAUCAGCAACUCCUCUGUGGAGAGUUUAGCCAACUCUGAGUCUGGAAGCCCCCCCAUGAAGAGGAAGGUGGUCAAGUUUCAGGGCAACGCCAAAAAGGCCCUGCUCAGAUGGGUGCAGUGUACUGCUGCUAAGCAACAUGGGAUAGAGGUGAAGGACUUUGGCCCCAGCUGGCGCGAUGGAAUUGCUUUUCAGGCGGUGGUCCAGUCAAUCAGGCCCGACCUGGUGGACAUGGAGGUGGUCAGAAGAAGGAACAACAGGGAAAACUUAGAGGAGGCCUUUGCACUUGCAGAACAUGAACUUGGAAUUCCUCGCCUGCUGGAUCCAGAAGAUGUGGAUGUCGACAAGCCGGAUGAGAAAUCCAUCAUGACGUAUGUGGCUCAGUUCCUCAAACACUACCCAAAUCCUCACCACUCUGAAACAGAUGGACAUCAUGGAGAGUUUGCUGGCCACGAUAUUGAACAAAUGCUUGAGAGGGAGGAGCGGAAGAUGUUAAGAGAGCUGAAGGUCUUUCUCGACCAAUUGGAGAGAGAUGUCCUCAGAGCUCAAGGAGCUGAGGGAAAUCUCACCGACAAAUAUCAGGCGUUUAAGAGCUUCCGCGUCCAGUAUGAGAUGAAGAAAAAGCAGACCGAGCCGCUGCUGCAGCCAGUCCACAGAGAUGGGAAGCUGUCAGUGGAUCAGGCUCUGGUCAAACAAGCCUGGGACAGAGUGUCUGCCAGGCUGCUGGAGUGGCACAUCAAUCUGGACAAGUCCCUUCCAGGCCCUCUGGGAGUGAUCGGGGCCUGGCUGCACAGAGCAGAGAUGGCUCUGCGGGAGGACGUUCCCACCCACCACGCUCAUGAAGAGACUGCUAAUGUUUUUCACCGGAAACUGGAGCAGCACAGAGAUGUAUUAAAAAACCUGGAGAUGCACAGGCAGCCUUUCCAGCAGAUCCACCGGGACAGGUCGGUCAAUGGUGUUCCGGUCCCAGCGGAGCAGCUCCAGGAUAUGGCAGAAAGGUUCAAUUUUGUGUCGACGUCAUCGCACGCUCACUUGAUCAAAAUGGAGUUUUUGGAGAUGAAGUAUCGACUCUUAGCGUUUCUCAUCUUGGCGGAGUCUAAGCUCAAGUCCUGGAUCAUCAAAUACGGCAGGCGGGACUCAGUCGAGCUGCUGCUGCAAAGCUACCUUACUUUCAUCGAAGGCUACCAGUUCUUUGAACAGUAUGAGAGUAUGUUCACUGCCUUGAAGCAAGCUGCGGAGGUCUAUGUGAAGUCUGACAGCUCAAGGUCUAAGACCAGUAUUCGGGUCGACGAAGCAGAAGGUGUGAGCAGGUUUCUCCAUGACACCACUGCUCAGUGGAAGAACCUGGCGUUGGAGGUACGGAGCGUCCGGAGCAUGCUGGAGGAGGUGAUCAGUAACUGGGAGAAGUACAGCAGUACUGUGGCAGCGCUGCAGGCGUGGCUAGAGGACGCAGAGCAGAUGCUGAACCAGUCAGAGAACUCCAAACGUGAUUUUUUCCGAAACCUUCCCCACUGGGUCCAGCAGCACAUGGACAUGAAUGAUGCUGGGAACUUCCUCAUCGAGACGUGCGACGACACAGUGUCCAGGGACCUCAAGCAGCAGCUGCUUUUGCUAAAUGGAAGAUGGAGGGAGCUGUUUGUGAAAGUCAAAUAUUAUGCCCGAGCGGAUGAGGUUGAUAAGCUGAGGCAGGACUACCAUGAUGGCAUCAACACCUUAAAAAUGUUCAUGGAUGCAACGAACGAGAAGAUGACCGCCCCAGUGCAGAUUUCCUUCUUGAAUGUCCGAGCGUUUGUUCAGGAUGUUGAGGAAAUCAAACACAAAGUGCCGGCGAUGGAGGCCGCAUGUAAGGCAGCAGGCCGGACAGCGCAGCUUCUGACCAAAGACACUUCACAGGGAGAGGUGUCCCAGAUGAUGACAGUGAUGACGUCGAUCAAAGAGCAGCUUAGCAAGGUGAGGGAGCGUUGUUUGCCACUUCUCCGGGAGUCUCAGUCUCUUCUAGCCCCGCUGGAGGAGAUUGAGAAGAACAUCACAGGGUUCUAUCAGGCUCUGGAGAAGGCUAGUCACAUCACCAGUACAAGUGACUCAGAGGCUCCGGUAGACUUCAAGCAGAAGUGUCAGGAGCUGGCGACGUUUACGCAGAGCUGUAAGAAGUGUCUGACAGUGAUCGAGAAGAAUCACCAGGGCAUCCAGAAAAGCAUUAACGUCAGUAAAACUCUGCAGCACAUGGAUAUGAGUCUGCUGCAGAAGCGGGUCGCAGACCUUCAGUCAUCCUCACAGACCAUGUUUAGAGAAGCCACGGACUGGAGGAAGCACAUGGAGGCCAAUAGCAGCCUCAUGAAGAGGUUUGAGGAGUCAAAAGUUGAGCUGGAGAAGAUUCUGAGGAUGGCUGAGUCUUGUCUGACCGAAAGAGGAGAUCCACAGGAAAUGCUUAAAAGACACACAGAUUGUUUCAGCCAGCUGGACCAGCGGGUCUUGAACACUUUCCUCAAAGCUUGCGAUGAGCUGACGGAUAUUCUGCCUGAGCAGGAGCAGCAGUCGCUGCAGGACACAGUCAGGAAACUGCACAAGCACUGGAAGGACAUCCAAACAGAAUCUGUCUUCCAUCUCCUACGCCUCAAAGUGGACGUGGAGAGGAGCAAGCUCACGGUGUUACUGCAGGAGUGUCAGGCUGAAGUGACCCGAGAGAGCCGCCACCUUGCCAGCAUGGGCAGUGAAAGGCUUAUUAAAGAGCAUAGGGCCUUUUUCCGGGAAAAAGGUCCCCAGUCCAUAUGUGAGAAGAGGCUUCAGUUGAUGGAGGAAAUUUGCCAGAAACUUCCAGAGGGAGACGUUGCACACAAGACACUGGGAAAAGCCAGAAAAGAAUUCACAGAAGUCUCAGAGGAAAUUGAAAACACCCACCAGAAGCUGAUGCAGCAUCAAGACAAAUGGAAGGAGUACGGCUUAAGAUAUGCUGAGCUAUCCUGCUGGCUUAUAUCCAAAGAAAGCCAACUGAGGCUUCUGAGGAACCGGGCCGGUGACCCGAGAAAGUAUGGCCAGGUGAAGUCGACGAUACUGGAGUUGAGACGGGAUGCAGAGAUGCAGGAGGGGAACCUGGGCUGGCUGAAAGCUCGUAUGGCCGUGCUGAUGAAGAUCGCUGCUGACCCUGAUGCCCAGAAACAAGAGAGCAUCCUCAGCAAGCUUACGACCGACUUCAAGGGGCUGCUCACAUCUCUGUCUGAGGCUGAGAAGAUGGUCUUGGCUGUGGGUGACUGCGUCCAGUUCAGACAAGAGGUCAAAACGACUCUGGACGAUCUUGUCCAGGGGCAGAAAGAGGCCCAGGCGGAAGUCUCUAAAAUCCUUGAUUGUCCAACGGUUCGAGAAGCCCAACAACUCCUGCUGGUUUACCAGCAACUAUUGAAACGCCUUAAACUGAAGAGGAAAGAUGUUCAGCAGUUGAUCACAAAGGGACAGCAGCUACAGACCGAGGAGGGUGUCGGGGAGAAUCUGCAGCAGGAUCUUCAGAGUCUGGAGAACACAGUCAGCAAAAUGGAACAAACUAUGGAGUCGCAGGAGCAAAGUCUUGAGGUGACUUUGGCUGCGUGGCAGGAAUUUGACAGCCAACAAGAAGCAGUACAAGAGUUUGUCAAUAAGGCCCGAACAGCCAUGGAUAGAGACCUGAACUUCAGCAGCCCUGAGAGCCUUGUCUUUGAACUUGACCAGACCAAGGUAAUGCUGAAGCAAUGUGAAGCAGAGUCUUCUCAUAUGAACAGUCUCCUAAAGAGAGCAGCAGAGAUCCAGCUCAGCCAGAAGAACAAGAAUCUGCUGCUGCAGCAGGCCCACUCUUUCAGGGAGCAGCUGGACCAGGUGGAGGCCGGCUUGAAGAAGGAAGUUCAGACUGUGGAGGAAAUGAGACUCCAGUGGGAUCAGUUUGGAGCUGGAUUUGAGGAUCUGUCUUUAUGGAUCUCUAACAAGGAGAAACAGCUGGACUCUGUCAGGAGAUCCACUUCUCCCCUGGAAGAACGGAUGGCAACAGUGAAGAGAGUUGGCACUGAGCUUCAGGAGCGAGCUGAGCGUCUGUCUCAACUGGAGGCAGAAUCCCAGACUGUCGCCAAGUUUGUCUCUUCAGGUGAGGUCGCAAGGCUCAAGGCCCGUCUGACCCAAAUUGGUCGCUACUGGGAUGAGCUGAAGGACAGCGUUCAGCAGCUGGACGCCCAACUGACGGAGAACUUUUCCCAUCAGCAGAAAUUCAAGAUGGGCAUAAAUGAGGUCCAAGAAUCUCUCAAUAAGCUGCAGAGCAAUUUGAUGCUUCCAGUUGUAUCUUGCACUUCCUCAUCAGAGACCUACAAAACUCUUCAAAACCACAUGGACGUGUGUCAGUGCCUUGAAAGGCUGCAUGGAAGUCUACUGUCUCUAUCAGCGGCAGCCAGGAGACUCAGUGAUAGAGAAGAAGCAGAGAAAACUGUGGCUGAACUCCACUCCUGCUGUGAACAAAAUUCUCAGGAUGCAAAAGACAAACAGAAUCAUUUGGAAAGGAUCAUGUCUCAGUGGCAAAAGUUUGAGAAAAAGCUGUCGAUGUUUGUCUCCUGUUUGGAGAGAAGUGAAUCAGCUACCAAAUCAGAGAGUCAUCGUCUCUGUGCUGACAAGUCCAGGCUACGUACAGAACUCCAGGAUUUACAGGCGCUGCAGUCUGAGUUCCAGGUGCUUCAGUCCACCUUUGCUGACUUGGUGUCUCUCGCAGCAUCGUUGUAUCCCACGGCUCAUCCAGAGAGAGUCAAACAGCUUAAAGAUGAAUUUCACAGUCUGCAGCAGAGAUUAAACGGUCAGACGACUGCCCUUCCCAAAAUAAUCGAGGACCUCCAGGCUCACCUCUCACUUGCAGAGCAGUUUGAUCAGAGCUUGCUGAAGUUUUCUCAGUGGAGCGAGGCCAUACUUUCUAGGCUGCACGCUGCUGCUCAAGUCACCAUCAGUGACCUGCAUCCAUCGAUAAUCCACAUCAAGGAGACACAAGAGGCUUUGCAAAAACAAUCUAAUGCGAGACAAAGUUUGGAUCAGCUGGCGGAGAGGUUGUGUCGUGUCUGUGAGCCUGGCGAAGCUCAUCAUGUCAGGAGCAGAGCAGACAGUUGCCUUCAACCUUAUGUGGAGGCGCAACAUACUGCUGAGCUCCAGCUGGAGUGUCUGGAAAGACUGGGGGCCUUUCUGCAGACCCACAAUGUGGUGACCGGGGUGUUGGCUGGUCUGAGACAGACUGUGGAGAGCGCUGGGAGCUGGGAUCGUGCAAGAGUGGAGGAGCUGCAGCAAGAGAUGGCCUCCAUUGCACCAGAUGUUUCCCACCUUGAAGCGCUUGCUGUCAAUUUGGACAGCAGUCUGUGCAAAAGCCAUCUCCACAUCUGUACUCAUGCAGGAUCUCGUGUGUCCUGCAGAAUGCUGGCUGAUGCUCUCAGCUCUGAGUUGGAUACAGUGAGAAACCUGCUAGGUACCAAGCAGAGUGAAGCAGAAGCUCUGGGUACUCUUUGGACUUCUUUCAGGCAGAGGAAGGAGCAGCUCCUGAAAACUGUGGAGGAUAUUGAGGAGAAGGCUGAUCACCAGGGCUUCAAGGAACCCAGUCUCCUUGCUGUGCAGCAGAGACUUCGCUUCUUCCAUCAGCUAGAGGAUGAGCUGCAGUCCCACCAACAUGAGGAGCAGUGGCUGAGGGACAAGGGGAACAAGUUGGCCCAGAAGGAUGCCGAGUUAGCAGGAGAGGUCCUGAGAGAGAUCGGUCUGCUGGAGAAGACUUGGGAGGACACCAAGAAACUCAUCGCAGAGAGGCAAGAGCAGUGCAGCGUCCUUGAUGAGUUGAUGAGAGAAUACCAAACUCUGAAAACCUCCUUGAACGGCAUCAUAGAGCACUCUGAAUCCCUGCUUGAGAUCCGAUCUGUUCUCAAUGAUUAUGAGGAGUCUAAGAGGUUGCUGUCCAAGCAUGAAGCCCUAAAGACAGAAAUGACUGCCAAACACUUGGAACUGGACCAGUUUUCUAGCAAAGGAAAGCGGUUGAUGAUGGAACUGAAGAACAUCCCUGACUGUGACUGCAGUGUGAUUAAAAAGGACAUGGACACUCUUGUGGAUCAGUGGCUGGAUGUGUCAGAGAGAACUGGUGAAAACAUCCAGCUUCUCCACGGAAACCUGCGUCUGUGGGACGAAGUGCAUGGUAUCAACAAUGACAUUGAGAACUGGACAACAACUUGCCUAAUCACACUGAACGAGAGCCUCACAAAUCUGAAUGACAGUCAGAAGGUGUCAGCCAGGCUCUCCUCCAUGCAGGCAGAAAUAUCUGAUAAAGAGCAGAACCUUCAAACCUUGAGGAGCAAAGUGUCUGACUUGAAAAAGAACAGUCAAAGUCAAGAAACGCCAACAAAACUUCAGCUGUUGGAAACCGACCUGCAAAAGAAGAUCAGCUCCGUUCAGAAGCACUAUGAGCACGCCUGGAGAACCCUCAUGGAUUUCAGCUCACAGAAGAAGCAGUUGGAAGACUACAUCAGCCAGAUGUCAUUGUGGCUUAAAAAUAUGGAGGACUCCCUGGUGUCCUCGCCCAGCGCUUCAGACCCAGAGGACAUCAGCAGAGUAAAGGACCUUCAGAAAGAACUGCAAAAUCAACAGGGAAGCAUUGACACCACCAGGGAGAGCCUCAACGUGCUCUGUCGGAAAUAUCCCUCGGAAGAACUUUCAGAUUUGGGCUCAGCACUCACCGACCUUAUAAAGAGUUAUGAGUCUGUCAACCAGCUGUGUGCCAGGACUUUGUCAUCCCAGCAAAAUGGUCUUCAGCAGCAGUUCAAUGAUGUAGUUCAGGAUUUCCAUCGCUGGCUUUCAGAAGAGCGGGAGAUCGUCAGAGAGUGUUCUGACCGAUCUGGAGACACUCAUGUUGUUGAAUGCAAGCUCCAGAAAAUUAAGGGGGCAAUGGAGAGAGUGGAGGAAGGAGAGUUGCGUUUAACUCAGGUCUGUGAGGAAGGAGAGAAACUGCUCCUCCAUCUUCCUAAGGCCAGUGCUGGGCAGAUCCAGCAGCAUCUCUCCUCCAUCCAGCAGGACUGGGACUGCUUUGUGGAGCAGUGCAGACAGAAUCAGCAGAUUCUUGAGGACAGUGCGUCGCUUGUCAAAGGGUUUGAGGGUCGACUUCGGAAGCUCAGGUGGUGGUUGGAACAUAUGGAGAAGAGGAUGAGCGCAGAUUUGAUUGAAGCACAGCGGGGUCAUGAAAAAGCUGUUCUGGAGCAAGUGGAAGAGUUUCAUCAAGAGGUGCUUAAAGAGAGGGAUUCCUUUGAAAGAUUAUGUCAGGAGGGUCAGGCGCUCAAUGAGGGUGGUCGAGGAGAUGGUAGUGAGACCAGAGUCUCUGCUCAGCUGCAGUCGCAGCACCAAGCUCUGUUGAGACGUGUCAAAGAGAAACAGCGAAGCUGUCAGCUCACUUUACUGGAGCAGCAGGCCUUUGAGGAGACACUGCAGACCACCUGGGCCUGGCUGCAUGGAGUCCAGGACCGCCUGGCUUCACUCAACAGCACCAUUGGUAACAAGGAGACCCUGGAAAAACGACUGUCUCUUGUUCAGGAUAUUCUACUCAUGAAGGGAGAAGGGGAAGUGAAGCUCAACAUGACAGUUGGGAAAGGAGAGCAGGUCCUGAAGCACAACAGAAUGGAAGGGCAGGAGGCCAUUUGUACCCAGCUGCAAAGUCUGAAAGAUGCCUGGGCCAAUUUGUUGAUGAUUUCAAUGAGCUGCCACAGUCGUCUGGAGUGGACCGUGGCCCAGUGGAGCUGUUACCAAGAAAGCAAGAGCCAGCUGCACCAGUGGAUGGAGUCUGUGGAGCAGGAGGUGGCGCUGGCUCUUCCUCUGCAGCCAGGCCUAAAGGAGAAGGCCGUUCUGUUGGAGCGUCUCAAAGCCACGCAGACAGACGUGGACGCUCAUGCAGCCGCCCUGUCCUCUCUCACGGACAAAGCUGUGGAGAUGUUUGAAAAAACCGGGGACCAGACCUUCGGACCGGAGACAAGGACGGAAACCAUAACACACUUUGAUGACAUUUCAACCAUUGUCAAGGCUAAAGUCCAGUCCAUGCAGACUAUCGUGUCGGAACAUGAGCAGUAUCUGGAUGCUGUGAGAGAUUUCAAUGACUGGUUGAUCACGGCGAAAGAGGAACUCCAGCGCUGGUCUGACCUUUCAGGAGACUCUGCAUCUAUUAAGAAAAAGCUCUCCAAAGUGCAGGAACUACUUGACUCUAAGCAGCGAGGCAGAGAGAGACUUAGCCGGGUCCAGAGAUGUGGUGCCGUGGCGAGGGAUCAUACAGGUUCUGGUGGCUACGAAGCCAUUGAGAGAGAAGAGGUGACUUUACUGUCGUCAUUGGAGCAGUGGGAACGCGCUGCACUUCAAACGCGCUCCAGUCUGGAGAUGGCACUCUCACAGAUGGCCAGUUCCGAGCAGGAAUUCAGCAGCCUGUCUGCGCAGCUCGAGCAAGACAUGCAGCAGUUCAACCGACAGCUGCUUGAGUGGCGUUUGAAGCUAUCACAGGCGGAGGGCAAAAAUGAGGGGACAGAGGCAGUGGAAGGCUGGAGGAUAGCAAAGGACACACUAGAGGAACUCGUCAAAUGUCCAAUGUCUGACAGACUGAAGACUCAGUUAAAUGAUCUCUGUCGAUUCUCCAGAGACAUAGGAGCUCAGUCAGAGAAAGUGUCCAGCCUCAUAAAAGAAUAUAACAGCUUGAGUCUACAAGCCUCCAGAGAAUGCCAAAAGAAGGAGAAGCUGCUGGACCAGGGGUUCUGCUCAGUAUUUAGAGAGUUCCAACAAUGGCUGGUCAACGCAAAGAUCAACACUGCUAAGUGUUUUGAUGCGCCACAAAAUCUCAGCGAAGCUACUUCCAGCUUGCAGAAAAUUCAAGGGUUCCUGAGUGACAGAGAGCAGAGCCAAUCCAAGCUCAACACUGUGGUCGUAAGCGGUGAGCUUGUCUCUGUCAUAGCUGCCAAAGACAAAGUCGAUGCAGUGCGGACUAAAAUGAACUCCGCGCAAGAGGACUGGAAAAAUUUGAUGUCCAACCUACACAAUCGAGAGAUGAGUCUCCAGAACCUGGUGUCACAGAUGGAGGAUUUUGAAGCCAGUGCUGAGCCUCUUCAGGAGUGCUUUAAUUUCACCGAGCUGGCCAUCCAGGAGAGCAACACUCGACUCUAUGAUCUCACCGCCAAGAAGCUUGAGCUUCACAAGCUGCAGUCUGUGCUUGAGGAAUUAGCCUCUCAUGAAGUUCAGCUGAACAGGCUGAAAGAGAAGGCGCAGCUGCUGUCUGAAGAACAUGCGGCCGGAAAGAGCUUUGUGCACCGUGUGUCGCAGCUCUCUGCUCAGUUCCUAGCUUUAACCAACCUCACCAAGGAGAAGACGUCACGGCUUGACCGCAUCGUGAACGAACACCAGCUCUUAUCUCAAGGGUUAAAAGACCUGCAUAACUGGGUCGCUGAUACCAGCCACAUGCUGCAGACCUACUGUGCCCCCACCACGGACAAAAAUGUUCUCGACAGUCGGAUGAUCAAACUAGAGGCUCUUCUGACUGCUCGCCAGGAGAAAGAGAUCCAGCUUAAGAUGCUGAUCACGAGAGGUGAAUCAGUUCAGAGGAAUACCUCAGCAGAUGGAGUGUUUGUGGUUCAAAAGCAGAUUCAAGAACUCAAAGAAUCAUGGGAUGCGCUGCUGUCUGCCUCCAUUCAAUGCAAAAGUCAGCUGGAAGGAGCUCUGUCUCAGUGGACCAGUUACCAGGAAGACAUAAAACAGUUUAUGGCCUGGGUGGACCGCUUAGAGGACACUCUGGACCCCAUUGAUAGGCAUUAUCCAGAGAUGAGAGACAAAAGCACCAAUCUGAGUAAAGCCAAGCUACUGUAUGAGGAAGUCCUUAGCCACAGCGUUCUUCUGGGCACCAUCACAGCGAAGAGUGCUAACAUCACUGACAGCUUUGUGACUCAACUGGAGCUGCAAGAUCUGCAGGAACGCUAUAACAACAUCAAAGACAACGCCAUGAAAGCAGUGGGUGAAGCAGAGGAGCUGGUGAAAACACAUGAGGAAUACCAACGCAGCCUCCAGUCGUUUGAGGAUUGGUUGGAGCAGGAACAGGACAAGUUGAACUGCUAUGCACUUUUGGAGGGCGACAUUGACGUGCUGGAGGAGUCUCUCCAAAGCCUGCAGGAACUGCAGCUGCAGUGCACCGAGGGCCAGGCUCUGCUAAACACCCUUCUGCUCAGUCGGGAGAAGCUGCUUCCAUGGGGAUGUCCUCAGACCGAAGAGCGCACCCUAGAGACAGUACAGCAGCAGUGGAAGCUGUACCAGGCCCGGUUGGCUGACACCAGGUCACUACUGAACAGUGCCCUGGCCAAACUCAGACAGAUGGAGCAAAAAUUCCAACGCCUGGACAGUUGGCUGAAAGGCAUGGAGACCAAAGGACAACUACGGAGCAACCGUCGCUCUGACAAGGCUACAAAAGAAGCUCAGCUGCAUUUGAUAAAGGGCUGGCAAGAGGAGGUUCUAGUCUAUCAGGAAGAGAUGGAGGGCCUCAGUCUCUUGGCCCAGCAGGUCCUGGAUGAGACCCACUUCAGCAGCAGGAUCAGUACCAGGGCCACCCAAAUCACAGCCCGCUUCCAUGCUCUUCUCCUGCAUUUAAUGGAGACAAUCAAACAGCUUCAAGAGGAAUUGUUGUGCAUUGAAGAGGCACAAACUUCCUUCGUCACUUUCUUAGACUGGCUCAGCUCCACGAGGAACAGCUUCAGCAACGUGGCAGUGAGUGUGGAAGUGGUCGAUCGCGUUGCCAUGGAGAGGAAGUUGAAGAAGCUGGAGGCUCUGCAGCUAGACAUGGAGCAGGGUCACGCCUACCUUAAAAGCAUGCGGGAGAAGACAGAGAGAGCCAUGAUGUUCUUAGAGGAGCCCGAGGCAGAGCAGCUCAAGAAGGAAGUAGACACCCAGCUGACCCAGCGAGAAGAACUAAUGGCUGCUCUGCGAUCAGAACACACCGCCCACGAGAAAUGCAUCGCGCUCUCCAAAGACUUCAUGGAUAAAUACAAAACCCAAGCACAGUGGCUGGCGGAGACCAAAAACCUUCUGGCAUCAAGCGUGGAACCAAAAGCUGAACUGUACCAGAAGAAGGCCCAGUUGUCCAAGUACAAGACGAUCCAGCAGACAGUCGACUCUCAUGAGUCAGCUGUGAAAAGCGUCAUUGCAAAAGGGGAAGUUCUGCUAAGCAGCAUUCAUGAUCCGGCGAUAAGUGACAACAUGAAAAAGCUUCAGACUGAUUAUCAAGACCUGUGUUUGUCAGCUAAGACACAAGUCCAGAACCUUGUGGAGUGGGUGAAGGAGCACGAGGAUUACAACUGUGAGCUGCAGGAGGUGGAAAAGUGGCUCCUACAGAUGUCCAGUCGGCUGGUCACCUCAGAGUCGAUGCAGGCCACCAGCAUGGAAAUGGCCACUCAGCAGCUCGCUCGCCACAAGGCCAUUAUGGAGGAGAUCUCCAGUUUUGAGCAUCGUCUCACGAGCCUGAAGCAGAAAGGAAAAGGUCUCAUUUCCAGCUGUACCGACCAGGUCCAAGCCAAGAUCAGUCAGCAAGUGGAAGCUCACCAGCAGGGAACCAGAGAUAGCUACUCGGCCAUAUGUAGCACAGCUCAGCGAGUAUACCAAAGUCUGGACAGAGAGCUGCAAAAGCACGUCAACCACCAGGACACGCUCCAGCAGUGUCAGACCUGGCUCUCCGCUGUGCAAGAGGAGGUGGAGCUCAACCAGCAGGGACCCUCCGGUCACCAGGAGGCACUUAAACAGGUGAAGCACUACAGGGCUCUUCAGGAGCAGGCAAGCACCUACCUGGACCUGGUGUGUUCAGCCUGUGAUCUCUCUGAUGAGACCGUUCGAGUCACAGCCGCAGAGGUCCAGAAAGUCAAGCUCAUGAUCGAGGAAAGGAUGUCGCUCGCUCAUGACCUCUCUGAGGGCUGGAGGGACAUCAAGGAGCAGAAGCAAGAUCUCACCAGCUUGUUUCAAGACAUGGAGCAGCAGCUCAUCAGUCUGUCCAGAAGACCUGCCGAGUUAGAGACAAAGAUUGCACAAAACAUGCUGACUCAGGCACAGGAGUGCUAUAUUCAUCUCCAGUCCAAGCAGAGUAUUCUAACCAAGAUGACAGAGAGGGUCAGCAGACUGACUCAGAGCAGGGACUCUCCUGAACAUGCAGAGCUGGACCACCUGAGCAACUCUUGGCUGGAGCUGUGCCACCAUGCCAGGAAGCUGCAGAGUCAGAGGGAGGCGGACCUACAGCGGGCCAAAGAGUACCACGACUGUAUCUCUGCAGUGGAAGCUCUUUUUGGACAGGUGUCCAAAGAUUGGGACAAUCUGGCCAGGACUGAUGCUGAAAGUUCAUCCCAGCAUCUGGAUGCACUCCAAAAACUUGCAGUUACACUGGAGGAGCAGAAAGAAUCUCUAGACAGCCUCAAAGACCAGAAACAAAAGGUCAUCCAACAUGUGAACCUGGAUGACAAAGAGCUGGUCAAAGAGCAAAUCAGUCACUUUGAGCAGCGCUGGUCUCAGAUGCAGAAUCUCAUUGAGAAGAAGAUCCAGGACUCUUUGAUGACCCUGGAGGAGAUGAGCCAAGUGGAGGCACGCCUGCGCGAGGCUCGGGACUGGGCAGAAGAGCAACGUCCGGCUCUAUCUGAGGCCAUGAAGAUGAGUCCUCCUCCUGAGCUGGCUCAGAGCUUCCUGUUUGACCACCUGAAUAUUUGCAGUGAGUUGGAGGCCAAGCAGCUCCUCCUUGCUCAAGCAAUGGCUGACGCUGACCGAGUCCUGGCUCACCUGGGUCUCUGUGAACGACAGCAUCUCCAGCAGCUGAUCUCUGACACUCAGUCUCAGUUGGAGUCUCUCAGUGUUAAAGUUGCACAGCGCCGCAAACACCUCAGCAAAGCCUUCACGGAGAGAACACACUUCCUGAUGGCGCUCAGUCAGAGCAUUUUCUGGGUCCAGCAGAACGAGCGGAAGGCCCAGUCCGAGGAGUUCAUUGCUCUGUUGCCUGAUGAUCUGGCCAAGCAGGUCAGAACCUGCAGGAACAUCCAGAGCAGUUUAAAAGCCUACCAGAGUGAGCUGACCUCCCUGUGGUCUCAAGGCCGGGACCUGAUGAGGGAAGCUAAUGAGGAGGAGAAGAAUGAGAUUCUCACAAAGUUGCAGGAGUUGCAAAACAUCUUUGACAAGACGCUCCACAGGUGUGGCCAGAAACUUCAGGAGCUAGAAAAAGUAUUACUAUCUAGAAAGUAUUUCAAGACAGACUUGGAGAAAAUCUGCCAGUGGAUCAAACAAUCGGACAUCAUCACGUUUCCUGAAAUAAAUCUGAUGGUGGGAGAUGCUGAGUUGGAGGCUCAGCUCUUCAAGUACAAGCAGAUCAUUGAGCAGGCAAUUGAGUACGAGAACCUUCUUCUAAUGGUGCAAAGAGCUGGUCAGGAAAUUCUCCCCACCCUGAAUGAAGUAGACCACUGCUAUUUGGAUGAAAAACUCAACACCCUCCCGCACCAGUACAACAACAUUUUAGCCCUAGCCAAGGAGAAGCAGGAGAAAAUCCAGCAGGCCAUUCUCACUCGGAAAGAGUACACCUCCUUCAUCGAUGUCACUCAUAAAGCGCUGAAGGAGCUGGAGGAGCAGUUCAAUCAUCUCAACUCUCAGCCAGUGGGGUUACAAACAGAGGAGGUUGUCAGCUUGCAGAGCGACUACAGAGCCAUUCAGGCUGACCUCACUAACCUGGGUCUGGCUGUGAGUGAGCUCAACCAGAAGAAAGAGGGCUUCCGUAGCACCGGUCAGCCUUGGUGUCCCGAAGAAAUGACACAACUUGGAAGCCUGUACAACGGCCUCAAAAGAUUAGUUGAACAGAAAGUUGAGCAUCUGGAUGAAACCUUGGAGUCCUUCGAGGACCACAAAGCAAUGGCCCUACAAGUUGAUUCUCAGUUGAAGGCUACGAAGGAGCAGCUGGUGAAGGUCAACACCGAGACUCAGUCAGCAGAGGAGAGGCUGAAGAACUACCACGCUCUGGCAGGGAGUCUCCAGAGUGCCAAUUCCCACUUGACAAGGCUCAUGGAACAGAUGGACACCCUGGCACCACGGGUAGACCAGGCGGCCCAAGAUGCCUCCAAAGAGCAGGUGGUUCUGUGGCAGGAUGAGCUCCGAUCUUUGCAAGACGCAGUCGGCGAUCUAAUAGAAGAGUGUGAGAACAGAUUUAUUCAGAGUAAAGACUUUGAGACGGAGAUGAAGAGGACUCUGGACUGGCUGCAGCAGGUCAGGAACGAGCUGGACUGCGCUGUGAUCGUGGACGUGAGGGUGGAGAAGGUCCAGGAGGAGAUCAGGAAGCAGCAGAUAAUGCAGGAGGAGGUUCAGUCCAAACUGAGGAUCGUGGCUGCGCUGAGUAGCAGAGAAAAGCAGAAGUACAUCAGUGUCAAUGAGCUCAUUCCAGCACAUGUGGACAGCAGCCUGGAGGAGAUGGCCAAGCUGCAGGCCGAAGUUCAGAAAGCUCUCAGCUACAAACAGAUCACCCUGGAGGAGGCUCUGGUAUUGUGUCAGAAGUACCACUUCAGGAUGCAGUCUGCCUGUGAGUGGCUGGAGGAUGCCGUAUCCUUUCUGCAGCAAGCAAGCUUAGGUGUGGACGUGGAGAACUAUGAGGAGUGUCUCCGGCAGCAAGGAGACAUCAUGGCCACGGAGCAGGAGUUCCUGCUCCAUCUGAAUGAGUUGGAAGCUCUUCUAGCACCACUGGGUAACCUGGUCAACCCAACAGCUAAAGAGCAGCUCAGGGUCAGCGUGGACUCUGCAAAGCAGCGUGGGGUGGAGGUCCGAGAUCAGCUGCAGUGCCACCAGGACGUCCUGCAAAGUUGCGUGGUGCAGUGGAACUCAUACCAGGAUUCCCGGCAGACCGUCAUCGAGCUCAUGAAUGAAGCCGAAAAGAAGCUGACUGAAUUUUCAACUGCGAAAGCUGCGACAAGUGACGAAGCUGAAGAAAAGCUUUGUAGUCACAGGUCCCUUGUUUCACUUGUGAAUGGAUUUCAAGAGAAGCUGAGUGGCUUGGAGGACCAGGCCGCGCAGCUUGAACUGGUCGGCAGCGAUGCCAGCAAGGCCACCAUCAGCCGCUCCAUGACUACAGUGUGGCAGCGCUGGACAAGACUUCGAAGUGUCGCCCGUGGGCAGGAACAAGUGCUGGAGGAUACCGCUCAGGAGUGGAGGACAUUCAGAGAGAAGAUGGACCGGGUGAGAGGAAUCCUCGAUGAGCUCCAGAGUCGGGUCCCGGACACAGCUGUGGAGAAGGCAUCCAAAGCUACGCUACAGUCCCUACUGGACCAGCACGAGUUACUUGGUCAAGACCUGGAGAGAGAGUUCUCUUCUCUGACUUUGCUGCGUCAGUACGCUCUCAGCCUCCUGCAUGAUGUUGAAGUGCCUUCACCAACUAGUGAGCAGGAGGAGCUGCCGACACUGAAGGAGAUAAGGACAGUUCAGGCACAGAUGGAAAGUCUGCUGACCCAGUCCAGGACCAAGCGAGCUCAAGCUGGCCAGGAACUGAGGGAAAGGGAGGAAGUGGAGCGGGAGCUCAGUAUAGUCAAAGCUUGGGUGCAGGAAUCCAGGGAGCUGCUUCUAAACCCCACUCCGGACAUUGAAUCACUCCUGCAAGAGCUUGAGGUUCUACAUGGAGACGUGAUCACGUACCGUCAGAAUGUGGAUAAACUGGCGGAGCAGCAGCAGAGCAAGUACCUGGACCUCUACACGAUACUACCAUCUGAGAUAUCCAUGCAGCUGGCUGAGGUCUCACUGGGCUUGGGCGCCAUUGAAGAUCAGGUUCUAUCUAAAGAGCGGGAAAUCCAGAGAACUCGGGAAAUCAAGGAAGACUUCAGCAUCAGAAUCCAUGACGUCUCAGAGAAACUAAAAGCCAUCUCAACAAAAUUUAAUGAAAAAUUGCCAGAUGUUGACCAUGCUAAAGAAGAGGUCAAGAGUCUGGCUGAGGACCUUGAGCGCUGUGACCGCACUCUCUCAGAACUGGAUGCAGCUGUUCAGGAGUUUGGACGCAGGAACCCUUUCCUGGCAAAGCAGCUCAGUGAUUCCAUUGGGAAACUGUCCGAGAUGCAUCACCAGAACACUCGACUGAUUGACUGCAGAAACAAAUGGAUCAAAAAGGCUGUGUGUUAUUUAGAUGAAUAUAAUGAGAUGCUCGACUUCAUUGUGAGGUGGGCAGAGAAAGGGAGGAUUCUGGUGAGGGCCAAUGUCAUAUGGAACUCCUCGGCACACUUGCAAGAGCAGAUCAGGAUGUUUCAAGCUGUCCUGAGAGAGUCGCGGGAGUUGCAUGGAGAUCUGGAGUCCAUGGCAGAGAAAGUGGAGCUCCUGUCCGAGGUGCUGCAGGUUGAGUCUAUGAGCCAACAAGUGUGUGAGCUCAGUCGACACACAGAGGAGCUUCAGCAAAGUAUCAAGAUCCGUCUGCAGAGUUUAGAAGACGCUGACAAGACUAUGGAAGCUUUGGAAUAUGAAGUGAAGGCUCUGCAUGUUGCUUUGGAGCAAGUCCAAUCCACCUUGAUCUCCCCAGAGCUGGCGCGGCAGAGUCUGAAAGAGCAGCUGGCACAGAGACAGCGUCUGUUAGCAGACAUGGAAGGUUUCAAGCAGCAAGUCCAGAGAGUGCAGCUGUGUCAGAGCGCUCUGCAGGUGCCAGAGGAGGUGAUGCCCACCCUCACCAUUUGUCGCACUGCUCUCCGUCUGCAGCAGGAAGCCAGUCAGCUGCAGCACGUGGCCAUUCAGCAGUGCAACAUCCUGCAGGAGGCAGUAGUGCAGCAUGAGCAGUACGAACAAGAAGUGAGAGACCUGCAGGGCCUCAUAGAGGAAGCACACCGGGUCAUCCAGGACCGUCCAAUUCCCACCAACAACAUUCAGGAGUUGCAGGCCCAAAUCCUUCACCAUGAAGAACUUGCUCUGAAGAUCAAGGUGUACCAAGAGCAGAUCGCUUCACUUAACUCGAAAUGCAAGAUGUUGGCAGUAAAGGCUAAGCAUGCGACAAUGCUGCUGACUGUGAGCGACGUGGAGGGACUGCCUGAUGGAGAGAAAUCAUCAAAGUCGACAGCACAGACUGUGAUGAUGACUGCUGGUCGCUGUCAUACCCUCCUGUCUCCGGUCACUGAGGACUCUGGGGAGGAAGGAACCAAUAGUGAGGUCUCAUCCUCACCAGUGUGUCGCUCACCGUCUCCAAUCAGUCAAACCGAGGCCACUACAACCAGGAUGGGACGAGGAACUCUAAUAAGAGCUCCCAUCCAAGAACUGUACGAUCCAACGUUUGAGUCGGUGGCAAACUUGGAUGACUUGCAGCGCUCAUGGGAGACUCUGAAGAAUGUGAUCAGUGAGAAGCAGAGGUCUUUGUACGAGGCUCUGGAAAAGCAACAGCACUAUCAGAGUUCCCUUCAGUCAAUCUCGACCAAAAUGGAAGCACUGGAGUCCAAACUGAAUGAGCCUGUGGAGUCAGAUAGAAGUCCUGACAGCCACAUGAAGAUCCAUGAGGAUCUCACUGAAGAAAUCAACACGGUGCAGGCUGAGAUAAACCAGCUGCAGGCCAGCUUCACUGAAGACCUCAGCUAUGGCGCUGUGAAUUCUGACAUGGUGGAGCAGCUGGCGAUGCGGUCGUCUCUGUCCGUACUGGCUGAGAGGAUGGCCACCAUUCACAUGAAGGCCACUGGGAAACAACAGCUGCUUGAGGAGCAUGUGAGUGAGCGUCUGGAGGGCCAACGUCAAGAAGAGGCCAUGCAGCGGUACAAGACUCAGGCCGAUGAACUGGACCGGUGGUUUAAGAGUAUGAGCCUCGCUGUUUCCUCCAUUCUGGAACCCCAUACUGUUGAAGAGACCGAUGUGGACGCGCAGCUUGCUGAGUGUCAGAACAUGCUGCUGGACAUUGAGGAGAAGGUGCAGGCCCUGUCAGAGCUCACCAUGCACAGUGAGAACCUGCUGCAGGGGGGCCGAGCCAGCACCCGGGAGGAAGCUGAGCGACUGGCACGGAAGUUACGGACCCUCAAGGGCGGCCUCUUGGAGCUGCAGAAGAUGCUGCAGGACAAGCAGAUUAACCUGCAGCAGGACUCUUUGCAUGAGCUGGAGGACAGUGAGUCGGACUCCAGUCUCUCACAGAGUCCCAGUGUGCAGGACUGGCUGGCCCAGGCCCGGACCAUGCGGUCCCAACAGCACCAGGACAGUCUGCAGACACAGAGGGAGCUGGAGGAGCAACUUGCGGAGCAGAAGAAGCUUCUUCAGUCUGUUGCCAGCCGAGGAGAGGAAAUCCUCAUUCAGCAAGCCUCCCCCAGCAGUACAAGUGCUUCAGAACCGUUUUCAUCAGCAGCAUUGAUGGACAGGGAAGCGCAGGCGGCGCUGGAACAGAUGAGACAGAGAUGGGAGAGUCUGAGGCUGGAGCUUAGAACCAAACUCCAGCUCUUGGAGAAGACGCUGCAGCAGGACAAAAAGCUGCCAGUCUUUGUGAGAGCUCCGGGGUCACUGUUUAAAGAGGACUCUCCGGUGGACAAGUCGUCACUGCAGACGCUCUAUGAUGAAUUCAGACAAACAGUCAAGGACACAGACACUCAGAGUGCAGGUGGUGUGCAUGUGGAGCAGGUGCAACAGCAGCUCUACACAGCUGUAACUUCCACCUCCUCAUGGCUGGAUGCGGUGGAGAACAAUGUUUUCGCAGGCCCAGUGCUGGUGGCUGACAAUGCAGCUCAACAAUCUCAGCUGCAAACACAGGAGAUGUUACAGAAUGACAUGAGAAGCAUGAUGGAUGAGGUGAAGCUCAGCUGGACUCUGCUUGCUGGUUCCUCAUGCUUAAAGCUUGAAGACCGCACUUUGCUUGAGGACAAUUUGAGUUGUCUGACAGAAAGGUUAGGACUAGUAGGCUCUGCUCUCGGGCAGAGUUGUGACCACAUGAGGACCAAGACGCAUGAGCUCACAGCUUAUCAGACGGAGUUGCAGGAAGUCCAGACUGCUUUGAUAGAGACCAAGUGCCAGAUUCUGCAGGCCUUACCUGGAGCCAUGGACAGACCCACACUGGAUCAGCAGAAGACCAUAUCCAGUGCGGAGGAAAGUCUCAAAGAGUUUGAUCAGCGGAUCACUGAGCUGAAAACCAAAGGUACAGCACUCCAGGCGGAUCAGAUGUCCACAACCAAAAUACUGAAGCUUCAGGAUUCCUUCGAAGAGUUGGUGAUGACUGUUGGCUCUCGGCGCAGUGGCCUGAACCAGAACUUGGCUCUGAAGGAGCAGUAUGAACGUGCGCUGCAGGACCUGACUGACCUGGUGGACACAGCUAAAGACAAGAUGUCUGCUGAUCGUAGGAUUGUCGCCAGCUCUGUGGAAGAAGUCCAGAAUCACUUAGACAAGCAUAAGGAGUUCUUCCAGGGUCUGGAGUCUCACAUGACAUUAACAGAGACAUUAUCUCGAAAGAUUAGCGGCCUGAUGCUUCCUGAGGAGAAACAAGUUCUGGAGGAAACUCUAGCUCAGGCUCAGGCUGUGCUCAAAGCAGCUCACAGUAAAGGUGUGGAGCUUGAGUGUGUGCGAGAGAGUUGGUGGCGCUUGAUGCAAGAUUACCAAAGUCUGAAUCGGCAACUGGAGGCUGUCGAAGAAAGCAUCCCGACUGUGGGGCUGGUGGAGGAGACAGAGGACCGACUGCAAGACAGGAUCUCACUGUGUCAGGUUUUAAAGGGAAGGCUCUCAGAGCACCAACACAAGCUGUACCAGGUUCUGGAUGAAGGUAAACACCUCCUGGUGUCGGUCUGCUGUCCUCCCCUGGAGAGUCAACUUGCGCUGCUCGGAGAUCGGUGGCUUAACAACACCAACAAAGUCAACAAGGAACUUCAACGUCUAGAGGCGAUCCUCAAACACUGGACAAGGUACCAGAGGGAGUGUGGAGAGCUCAGUGAAUGGCUACAAUCUGCUCUGGAGCGACUGGAGUUCUGGAACACACAGGCUGUGUUGGUACCCCAGGAUCUGGAGACCGUCAGAGACCAUCUCUCUGCUUUUCUUGAAUUUUCCAAAGAAGUGGAAGGCAGAUCUAGCCUGAAGACCUCUGUGGUUUCUGAAGGCAACCAGCUGCUGAGGUUGAAGAAAGUGGACACUGUGGUGCUGCGGUCUGACUUGGAACGCAUCGACACCCAGUGGAGCGAGCUGCUGACCCGCAUCCCAGUGGUACAGGAGAAGCUGCACCAGAUACAAAUGGAAAAGCUAGCGUCCCGUCAUGCCAUCACUGAGUUGUUCAACUGGAUAUCAUUGAUGGAAAACGUCAUCGAGGAGGACGAGGAGAACUUGAAGAGCGCUGUGGGAUCUAGUGUGAUCCAGGACUACCUGCAGAAAUACAAGGGUUUCCGAGUAGAUUUAAGUUGUAAGCAUCUGACUGUGGACUUCGUCAACCAGUCGGUUCUGCACCUCAGUGGUCAUGACGUCGAGAGCAAGCGCAACGACAAGACUGACUUUGCAGAGCGACUGGGUGCCAUGAACAGACGCUGGCAAAUUCUCCAGAGCCGCAUCAAUGAGAGAAUACAGUUCUUUGAGAACCUGCUGGAAAUGUGGUUGGAGUAUGAGAGCAGCGUCCAGACCCUUAAAUCCUGGAUGGGGACUCAAGAGGACCGUCUUCGGAGGAAAAACAGGCUGGAAGAUCUGACGUCUGUGCAGAAUGCUCUGAAAGACUGUCAGGAGAUGGAGCACAUGAUGAAGGAGAGAGAGAAAGAACUGGAGCAAGUGGAGGAGCACGGCUGUGCACUGGUUCAGAACAAGACAGACGAGGCCUGUGCCAUUGUCAUGGAGACUCUGCAGGGUGUCAAUCACACCUGGGCAAACCUGGACCACAUGAUCAGGCAACUGAAAAUCAGCCUAAAUUCGGUUCUAGAUCAAUGGAGUCUGUAUCGUCGAGCCUCGGAGGAGAUUAACAGCUACCUGAUGGAGGGCAGGUACUCUGUGUCCCGAUUCCGCCUCCUUACGGGAUCUCUGGAGGCUGUUCACCAGCAGGUCCAGAGUCUGCAGGACUUGCAGGAGGAUCUGGAGAAACAGGAGAGCAGCCUGCGAAAGUUUGGGGCUGCAACCCAUCAGUUGCUGAAAGAGUGUCACCCCUCAGUGUCCGACUCUCUGAACAAUGCCCUCAAAGACGUCAAUGCCAGGUGGACAGGUCUUUUGGAGGAGAUCGCCGAGCGCCUGAAGAGCAGCAAAGCUCUGUUUCAGCUGUGGCAGAGCUACAAGGAUCUCUAUGAGCAGAGUUGCAGCAGCAUCCAGCUGCAGGAGGAGAAAGCCGACCAGCUGUUGAAGACCACCUGCAGCAAGGACAUUGCUGAUGAGCUGGUCUCCACCUGGAUUCAAGAGUGUAGUGAGGUCCUCCGGUCACAUGGCCCGGUGCAGGCAUCCCUGCAGGUCCUGAAGGAACUUGGUGAUCAGCUGAAGCUGCAAGUGGACAGAUCUGCUGCGUCUGCCAUUCAGUCUGAUCACCUGUCCCUCACGCAGCGGCUGUCGACGACAGAGCAGGCGCUCACAAGGCAACUCAUCACACUUCAGACUGGGGUCCACGACUACGAGACCUUCAACGACCAGCUUGAGUCUUUAGCCUCGUGGGUCAAUGAGGCGGAACAGGCACUGAAGGUGAACGAUCCCAACGGCUCUACCGACCUCACGCUCAUCCAAGACAGAAUGGCUGUGCUCAAGAAAUUGAUGCUCAAGUUCAGCUGCAUGGCUCCUGAACUGGAGCGUCUCAAUGAGCUUGGUUAUCGACUACCACUCAAUGACUCCGAGAUCAAGCAAAUGCAGAACCUCAAUAGAAGUUGGUCCACUGCCUCGACCCAGACCACGGAGAGAUUCAGCAAACUUCAGUCCUUCCUGCUGCAGCAGCAGACCUUCUUAGAGAAGUGUGAGACAUGGAUGGAGUUCUUGGUCCAGACGGAACAGACUCUGGCUGUGGAGAUUUCGGGGAAUUAUAAGAGUCUGGUGGAACAGCAGAAAGACCAUGAGUUAUUUCAAGCGGAGAUGUUCAGUCGCCAACAGAUUCUGCACUCCAUCAUCAGUGACGGUCAGCAGAUGUUGGAGCAGGGUCAAGUGGACGACAGCAUUGAGUUCAACCAGAAGUUGGCUCUGCUGAGUAACCAGUGGCAGGGUGUGGUGCGGCGCGGCCAGCAGAGGCGAGGCAUCAUAGACAGUCUACUCCGUCAGUGGCAGCGCUACCAGGAGAUGGUGGAAAAGCUCCGGAAGUGGCUCAGUGAAAUUGCCCUCUCACCUGAUCACCUUUCCCAUGGGAAAACCAUCCCAUUGCAAAAAGCCCGCGCCAUGCUGGAUGCAGUCCAGGUAGGUUGCAUCGCCUUCCUGCUGCACUGGUGGCCAGGUUCUAAUAUAUCUGACAUACAUCAUGACGUCUGCUCACAGCUGAAGGAGAAGGUGCAGCAGCGUCAGCAGGGCAGCUACAUCCUGACGGUGGAGGCUGGCAGACAACUGCUCCUGUCAGCUGACAGUCAAGCUGAGGUGGCCCUACAGGCAGAGCUCACUGAUUUCCAGGAGAGAUGGAAGCAGACCAGCGUGUCUCUGGAGGAGCAGAGGAAGCAGCUCGGGAACCUGUUGAAGGACUGGGAGCGGUGUGAGAAGGGCAUCUGUGGCUCUUUAGAAAAGCUGCGGUCCUUCAAACGACAGCUCUCUCAGCCCCUUCCUGACCAGCAUGAGGAACUCCAGGCUGAGCAGAUACGAUGCAAGGAUCUGGAGAGGACCUUUGAUGGCUGGACAGGUGACCUGGCUCACCUGAACAUGCUGAGAGAGUCUCUGGCCAGCUACAUCAGCACUGAAGACCUUUCUGUGCUCCAGGAGCGGAUUGAACUGCUCCACCGACAGUGGGAGGAAAUCUGCCACCAGCUGUCGCUGCGCAGGCAGCAAGUGAGUGAGAGGCUGAAUGAGUGGACGGUUUUCAGCGACAACUACAAGGAGCUGUGCGAGUGGCUGACGAACAUGGAGGGCAAAGUCUCGCAGAACGGCGACAUCAGCAUCGAGGAGAUGAUCGAGAGGCUUCGCAAGGAGUACCAGGAGGAGAUCAGUGUGGCAGAGGGGAACAAGCUGCAGUUGCACCAGCUGGGUCAGCGGCUGGCCAAGGCCAGCAACCAAAGCAAGGCUGCAGAAAUUGAGCAAAAACUCAACAAGGUCAGCGACCGCUGGCAGCAUCUUCUGGACCUCAUCGGAGCCAGAGUGAAGAAACUGAGGGAAACUCUGGUGGCAGUACAGCAGCUGGACAAGAAUAUGAGCAGCCUGCGCUCCUGGUUGGCCCACAUUGAAGCAGAGCUCUCCAAGCCCAUCACCUACGAAACCUGCGACUUCCAGGAGAUCCAGAGGAAGCUGGAUUUGCAGCAGGAGCUCCAGCGUGACAUUGAGAAACACAGCACCGGAGUGGCUUCGGUUCUGAACCUGUGUGAGGUUCUUCUGCACGACUGCGACGCUUGUGCCACCGACACCGAGUGCGACUCCAUCCAGCAGGCAACACGGAGCCUGGACCGCCGCUGGAGGAGCAUCUGCGCGUUGUCCAUGGAGAGGAGACUCAAGAUCGAGGAGACUUGGCGAUUGUGGCAGAAGUUUCUUGAUGACUUCUCAAAGUUUGAGGAGUGGCUGGCCACUUCGGAGAAGACCGCUGCGCUGCCCAACUCCUCUGGAGUUUUGUACACCAUUGCUAAAGAGGAGCUGAAAAAAUUUGAGACCUUCCAGAGACAGGUCCAUGAGAGUCUGACCCAGCUGGAGUUGAUCAACAAGCAGUAUCGCCGCCUCGCCAGAGAAAACCGCACAGACUCGUCCUGUCGCCUCAAAGAGAUGGCCCACAGCGCCAAUCAGCGCUGGGACAACCUGCAGAAGAGGGUGGUUUCAAUCCUGCGCAGACUGAAGCACUUCAUCAGUCAGCGAGAAGAGUUUGAGACUGCCAGAGACAAUAUCCUGGUGUGGCUGACCGAGAUGGACCUCCAGCUGACCAACAUUGAGCAUUUCUCCGAGUGCGACAUCCAGGCCAAGAUCAAACAACUUAGGUCCUUCCAACAGGAGAUCUCUCUGACCACUGCCAAGAUCGAGCACAUCUUCCACCAAGGAGAGGCUCUGAUUGAGAAGAGCGAGCCACUGGAUGCUGCAGUCAUUGAGGAAGACCUGGAGGAGCUACAGCGCUACUGUCAGGAGGUCUUUGGUCGAGUGGAGCGCUAUUACAAGAAGCUCAUCCACCUGCCUCUUGCUGAUGAUGACACUGAGGUGUCCUUCUCGGACCGUGAGCUGGAGCUGGACGAGCCUGGGGAUCUGUCCAACCUUGGGUGGAGCGAGCGAUUAGGGGAUGGGUUCUUGUCACCCCUGCCGUCCUCUGGACGCUCGGCCUCUCUGGCCGCUCAGUUCCGGACGGAGCGCUCGGGCCGAGACACUCCUGCGAGCGUGGACUCCAUCCCUCUGGAGUGGGACCACGACUACGACUUGAGCCGUGGGUUGGAGAGCGCGAGCAGAGCGCUGAGAGAGCAGCAGAGUGAGGAGGGCGACUUCCUGCAGCGACCAGCAUCUGCCAUGUCAGAUGUAGUGAUCCCAGAGAGCCCUGAGGCCUUUGUUAAACUAACUGAACAAACACUGAGGUCUUCCACUGGCGAGGCUGCAUCGUCUGACUCGAAUGUUCACCCACUGGACUCCAGUCGUUUCUCGCUUCAGCUUGACAGGAGUCGCAGUCGCACUCCCACCAGCGCCGAGCUGGACGGCUCCUAUAUGGGUUAUAUGCGUCUGCUGGGUGAGUGUCGCGGCAGCAUCGACACGGUGAAGAGGAUGGGCUACGAGCUGAAGGAGGACGACGAUGCUGUGUCUGGACUGGCUGAUCCAAGUAGCUCUGAGUCACAAACGUCAGGGGUGAUCGAACGUUGGGAGCUCCUCCAGGCUCAGGACCUCAGCAAAGACAUGCGCACCAAACAGGAGCAGCAUCAGUGGCAGCAGCUCAACUCGGACCUGAACAACGUUUGGACCUGGCUGGGGGAGACGGAGGAAGAGCUGGAGCAGCAACAGAGGUUGGACGUAACCAUGGACUUCCAGAACAUCGAGCUGCGUAUCAAAAAGCUAAAGGAGCUGCAGAAAGCGUACGACAAGUGGAAACCCAUCGUCUUGUCCAUCAACUUGUGCAGCGCUCAGUUCGUGCACUCGGACACGGAGGAGUCCCGAGAGCUGCAGGCCAAGCUCAAAGACAUGAACAACCACUGGGACACAAUGGGCAGCUCACUGGACGCGUGGAGGUCGUCGCUGCAGGAAGCGCUCAUGCAGUGUCAGGACUUCCACGAGAUGAGUCACGGUUUACUGCUGUGGCUGGAAAACAUUGAUCGCAGGAGGAAUGAAGUGGUUCCCAUCGACCCCAUCCAAGACAGCCUCACUCUGCAUCAGCACCAUAAAACACUCACGCAAAUCCGCCAGGAGCUUCUGGACUCUCAGCUGAAAGUGGCCUCUCUUCAGGACAUGUCCCUCCAGUUGCUGGUCAACUCUCAGGGAAGUGACUGUCUGGAAGCCAAAGAGAAGGUGCACGUCAUCGGGAACCGCCUUAAACUGCUGCUGAAGGAGGUGACCAGAGACCUCCGGGAGCUGGCCAAGAUCCUGGAUAUCACCAGCAGUCAGCAGGACCUGUCUUCGUGGUCUUCCACCGACGAUCUGGACACUUCGGGCUCCCUCAGUCCUGCAUCUGGAAGAAGCACCCCAAGUCGACGACGAUCGCAACGGGGCAAAUGUAGUGUGUCACAGCCUGGACCCUCUGUGAGCAGUCCACCACACAGGUGUCCCAGCGCCGAUGGAUCCGAUUCCUUCCAUUCUGAGCCGGCAGAGGUGCCCCGGUCCUGGUUCCUGAGGCGGGCCCUGUGGGUGGUGCUGCCCCUGCAACUGGUCCUGCUCCUGAUCCUGGUCUCCGCCUUCCUGCUGCCCAUGUCCCAGGAGGACUACUGCGCUCAGUCCAACAACUUCGCCCACUCCUUCUACCCGAUGCUCAGCUACACCAACGGACCCCCGCCGGUGUAGCCGGGCCACCGACCUGUCGAUCGACCCGACUGGACUGACCUGCACCAAAGCUGAGAAGAGGAACUGUGAACCUGCUCGCAACACAAUCGUUUCUAUAAACAACGUCACUUGUUUUCUAGCAUGUGCUUCUCUCACUCAUCUGUUUCUGUGGUGGGUUUGAUUCAUCCGACAUGAGAUUAACCUUUAACUCCCAUUUGCGCUCAGUAAACCUUUUAUUUUUUUAAGGACCGACAUAGAGAAUAAGAUAUAAACGCUAUUGUAUUUUUUGUAUUACUGUCACUGCAGAUGUCUAACAGUACAAGAUGAUAUUAUGUAUAUAAUGUGGGGAUCAUGUGCGACUGUGAUAAACUAUGAAUGCCAAAUCUAA